UUCUGAGUAAAAUCCAGUGGCGAGUUCCAACCUGACCCUUGCGUUUCUCGCGAAACAUGAGCUUUGUUCACUAGUUCGUAAUCAUAAUGCCACGAAACAAAUAUGUGAAACAAUCAUUUCAUAUUAUUCACUCCAAACAUUUAAAUUAAUCAAUUACUAAUAUUUUAUUAAACAGAGAUACUCGUUUUUUUUACACUCAAAACCCUACGCACCGCCGCACACGGGGCGCCGCCGCACACGGGGCGCCGCCGCACUUUGCACUUGGCUCUGCUCUGGUCAACAGGAAGCACGAUAAGGUUGGGUUUUCGAGGACCAGGAUAAUCGUUUUGGUUCGUGAAAAAAACCCUAAACCCUUUCCUACGCUCUUCCCAGGAAGAAAAAGAAGAAGAGAUGAAUAGGGCGAGAACUGAAGGCAUAACUUUCACGAAGGAGCCGUUCAUGGAGGAUACAGGGCCUCGCAAGAUAAAGAACAUGAAGUUCUCCACGUUAUCAGAAUCGGAAAUAAGCAAAAUCGCUGAAGUUCAAGUGUGGAAAGGUUCCUACUAUGACUCCUUUAAGAAGCCUAUCCACGGUGGCUUGUUGGAUCCUCGCAUGGGCCCUGCUAAUAAGAGUCUUGUCUGUGCAACAUGCGAUGGGAACUUUCAUGAUUGUCCAGGGCACUAUGGAUACUUAAACCUUGCCCUUCCUGUUUUCAAUGUUGGAUAUUUAAGUACCAUUGUGGAAAUACUGAAGUGCAUUUGUAAGGGCUGUGCUCGUAUUCUCCUUGAUGAAGAUACCCGUAAAAAACAUCUGAAGAAAAUGAGAAGUUCCAAAAAGAGUGAGCUGGAUAAGAUUGAUUUUGUGAAAGUUCGUGUAAUUAAAGAUUGUAGCAAAGUUGUGAAUUGCCCAAGAUGCGGAUAUAUCAAUGGUUCAGUAAAGAAGCUUCCGGCUUCGCUGACAAUCAUACAUGAUUGCUCAAAAUGUAGAAAUUAUAUUGUUGAAGAGCUUGAUUCCGCACUUUCUCGUAUGAAAGACUCUAGGGCGACCACCAAUGUGUCUAAUCGAAUUCUUAAUCCUUUCCAAGUUCUUUCCCUGUUUAAAAGAAUGCUUGAUGAGGACUGUGAAUUACUUUAUGUUGCUGAAAGACCAGAGAAACUCAUAAUGACAAACGUUGUUGUGCCACCUAUAGCUAUUCGACCUUCAGUUGUUAUGGAUGAAUCACUGAGCAACGAAAAUGACAUAACAGAGAGGCUAAAGAACAUAAUCCAAGCAAAUGCUGUUUUGCGCCAGGAAUUACAAGAAUCAACUUUUUCGUCCAAAUUUCUGGAUGGUUGGGAUAUCCUUCAAAAUGAAGUUGCUCAGUUUAUAAAUAGUGAUGUCCGUGGUAUACCAUUCUAUAUGCAACCGACCAAGCAAUUGGCUGGUUUUGUUCAGCGCUUGAAAGGGAAGCAUGGACGUUUCCGCGGCAACUUAUCUGGUAAACGUGUUGAAUAUACUGGCAGGACAGUUAUUUCACCCGAUCCUAAUCUGAAGAUUUCAGAGGUUGCAAUACCCAUCCAUAUGGCUCGUAUAUUGACUUAUCCUGAGCGUGUUACUCACCACAACAUAGAAAAGUUGAGACAAUGUGUGAGAAAUGGUCCCGAUAAGUAUCCUGGUGCGAGAAUGCUUAGACGUGAUGGAGGUCACUCAUGGUCCUUAAAAGUUCUUUGUAGGAAGCGUGCUGCAGAUGAAUUGAGGAUUGGUGAUAUUGUUGAUCGCCAUUUGGAAGAUGGAGACAUUGUUCUUUUCAAUAGACAGCCAAGCUUGCAUCGGAUGUCUAUAAUGUGUCACAGGGCAAGGAUUAUGCCUUGGAGAACUUUAAGAUUCAAUGAAUCUGUAUGUAACCCAUAUAAUGCUGACUUUGAUGGUGAUGAGAUGAACUUACAUGUCCCACAGACUGAGGAGGCUAGGACAGAGGCUAUUUUGUUGAUGGGGGUGGAAAACAAUUUGUGCACUCCAAAAAAUGGCGAGAUUCUGGUUGCUUCUACUCAAGACUUUUUAACCUCUUCCUUUCUCAUAACCAGGAAAGAUACUUUUUACGACCGUUCUACCUUUUCACUUAUUUGCUCGUACAUAGGUGAUGGCAUGGAUCCUAUUGAUCUGCCAACUCCCGCAAUUGUUAAGCCAGUUGAACUUUGGAGUGGUAAGCAGUUAUUUAGCAUUAUACUGCGCCCACAUGCUAAUAUGAGAGUCUAUGUGAAUCUUACUGUUAAGGAGAGAAACUACACUGAAGACAAGAAAAUAAAAGACAAGAAAAUAGAAUGGAAAACAUUGUGCCCAAAUGAUGGGUUUGUUUAUUUUCGUAAUAGCGAGUUGAUCUCUGGACAAGUUGGAAAGGUUACUUUAGGAAAUGGCAACAAAGAUGGACUGUUCUCUGUGCUACUGAGAGACUAUAGAGCACAUGCUGCUGCAUCUUGCAUGAAUCGUUUAGCUAAAUUGAGUGCACGAUGGAUUGGCAAUCAUGGGUUCUCAAUAGGCAUUGAUGAUGUCCAACCAAAAGAGAUUCUGAUUAACAAGAAAGAUGAAACAAUUUCAGAAGGUUAUAGGGAAUGUGAUAAACACAUAGAAGCUUUCAAUAAGGGAAAACUAGAACUCUUAGCUGGUUGUGAUGCUGCGCAGACAUUAGAGACUCGGAUUACUGGGGUAUUAAAUGGACUUCGUGAUACGGCAGGGAAGGUCUGCAUGCAAACCCUACACUGGAGAAAUAGUCCAUUGAUCAUGUCACAAUGUGGCUCCAAAGGAUCUUCUAUUAAUAUCAGUCAAAUGGUUGCCUGUGUUGGUCAACAAUCAGUCGGUGGUCGUCGUACUCCUAAUGGGUUCAUAGAUCGGAGCCUUCCUCAUUUCCCCAGAAAAUCAAAAACCCCUGCUGCAAAAGGUUUUGUUGCUAAUUCCUUUUACAGUGGAUUGUCAGCUACUGAGUUUUUCUUCCAUACAAUGGGAGGGCGAGAAGGGCUUGUUGAUACAGCGGUUAAAACUGCAGACACGGGAUAUAUGUCUCGUCAAUUAAUGAAAUCCCUAGAGGAUUUGUUUUUACAUUAUGAUUAUACUGUAAGAAAUGCUGGUGGCUCUAUUGUUCAAUUUUGCUAUGGAGAUGAUGGUAUGGAUCCAGCAGGCAUGGAAGGAAAAAAUGGAAAACCAUUGAAUUUUGAGCGGUUGUUUCUUAAAAGCAAGGCCAUAUGUCCCAAUGAUGAAGAUGAUGAAAUUUUAUCUUCCUCAGAUGUGAGUAAAGUAGUUCAUGAGAAGCUCUCAGAAUUUGAUUUGUCUAGGUUAGCAGAGAAAGGGGUUUUUGAGGUGGGCUUCUCUGCUGACUUCGUUGAAUCUCUACAAUCCUUUAUCAAAGAUAAUGCAAAAUUAACGGAAGAAGGUUUCACUGAUGAGCAUUCUCAAAACCUGAAAAAAUUUGGGCAGAGGAUAUCUGGGAUCACUCGUAAACAGCUAGAUGUUUUUUUGAAUAUUUGUCUAUCUCGUUAUCAUUCCAAAAAAAUGGAGGCUGGAGCUCCUGUUGGUGCAACUGGAGCUCAUAGUAUUGGAGAGCCUGGGACCCAGAUGACUUUGAAAACUUUCCACUUUGCUGGAGUUGCAAGCAUGAAUGUUACUCUUGGAGUUCCUCGUGUCAAAGAAAUAAUGAAUGGAAACAAAAAAAUCAGUACACCAAUUAUCACUGCUAUACUUGAGAGGGAUGACAAUGCAAAUACUGCAAGAAUUGUAAAAGGUCGAAUAGAAAAAACAAAUUUAGGCCAGGUUGCAAAGAGUAUAAAAGUUGUUAUGACUUCAAGAUCAGCAUCAGUUGUUAUCACCCUUGACAUGAAAAGAAUCCAGGAUGCACAUCUAAAUAUAGAUGCUAAUAUUGUAAAAGAAUCAAUUUUACGAACUAAAAAGACAAAACUGAAACCAGAGCAUAUCAAGAUUUUAGAUAUUAAAAAGCUUGAAGUGGUUCCCCAAGAUGUGGAUAGAAGUAAAAUCCAUUUUCAGCUUCACUAUCUGAAAAAUUUGCUUCCGACAGUUGUAGUGAAGGGCAUUAAAACUGUGGAUCGAGUUGUUAUCAGUAAAGACACCAAGGCUGAAAAGUUCAGAUUACUGGUGGAAGGCACGGGUUUUCGAGAGGUUAUGGGAGUUGAAGGGAUUGAUGGACGUAAAACUGUUAGUAAUCAUAUCCACGAAGUGAGGGACACACUGGGAAUUGAAGCUGCUAGAGAGAGUAUUGUUAAGGAGAUAAAGUAUACAAUGGUGGAUACACAUGGAAUGAAUAUAGACAUACGCCAUAUGAUGCUUCUAGCAGAUAUGAUGACUGCCACGGGUCAUAUCCUUGGAAUAAAUAGAUUUGGAAUUUCAAAGAUGGGCAAAAGUGUAUUAAUGCUUGCAUCAUUCGAGAGGACAGCAGAUAUUCUUUUCCAGGCAUCUGUACGUGGGAGGGAUGACUCGAUUGGUGGAGUAAGUGAAUCCAUAAUCAUGGGUAUACCAAUUCAAAUAGGUACUGGAAUGAUCAAGGUCAAACAAAGGUUGGAUCCUCCGGAGUUGCCUCAUGGUACCAGUCCUAUUCUAUCUUGAAUUUGAAAUAUAUAUUUCCAGCAAGAAUGUGGAUCAUCCAGGUCGGAGUGCAUUGAAUGCUGUCAGCUUAAGUUGGGAAAUUUGAAAUGUAUGUGCGUAUAUUUUGCCAAAAACUAUUGCAGAACAUUUCUCUGCUUAGAGAUGCAUGCAUGGAAUGAGAUUUCCUGGCUUCCAAAUGGUCUUUAGCUAUCACCAGAGUUCAAGCACAUGAGAAGGGGAUAGGAAAGAAAAGGAGACAUUAUUUUCAACCGAGCAUUGCUUGUAUCUUUUAGCCAAAAUAUGAUUUUAAUGAUUAGUAAUCAUUGUGAAAUUUUGCAUUUUACAAAUCUCUUAUUGACAUCGAUCCAUGUAGUUUAUCUCAUAGUAGGAUAACUAUUUGUUGCAUCACCUUAACCAUUAUAAUAACAAUAUCAAAUAACUAAUUUUAAAUUA